AUGCAGGAGCCUGCUACAGCACUAUGGGGUCUAAGCAUUAGCGACGCGGACUUUGAGAAGCUUAAAGCCGGUUUCGAACCUCAGGAUCAAGAUGAUAAAUGGCACGUCUCAGUUAAGGAUCAGAGUGGGAGCGGUAGUAUCUUUGUCCACCUUGCUCGAAGCGCUACGGGCUUAGAACACUAUAUACUUGUUGUGAGGGCAGGCGACAGUGGCAGUGGUAGUAGUAGUGUGAAGAUCAAAGCUAUCACCUGGGAACAGAAGAGGGGUAAAAUGCGCAUCUCGGAGGAGCACGCUAAGAAGGAAUUAGUGAUGAUAACCAGAAGCAUUUUAGAAUGCGAUUUUGAUGCACUUCCAGAGUAUGACUCCUCGGAUCUGUGA